UAGCAUCUGGUGAGCAGCUUCGGUUGGAGUUAGUUCCAGUCCGGAAUUCAACGGUAUCGAAUGUGGGAUCACGUCGCGGCUGUUCAUCGAAUGGUGUUUGUUCGAUAAUCUUCAGGAAUAUUUGUGAUACAUGCAAGAACUGUGAUGUGAAGGAAGAUGGGUGCCAGAAUUAUUCUAGUGUUGUGCUUAGCAUAUGUGUUAAUUUACGGAACGAGUGCACAAAUAAGUGACCUCAGAUACACAGAGACAACCAAUGAUAACUUGGGAGAUGCCAUCCAGUUUCUACGGGACUUUGAUCGUGAAGCUGCCGAAAUGUGCAAUCGAGUUGCUAGCAGUGAAUGGAAGUACGCUACCAAUUCAACGGAGUUCAAUAAGCGCCGCAUGCGCGAACAACAGAACCUGGCGUCCAAAUUCGAAUGCCUUAGCUGGAGACGGGCCGCUUCGUUCGAUUCAUCUACUAUUGUGGAUUCCGGCAUACGGCGACAGUUGGGACGGAUUGUUCAACCUGGACGGUGCGGUUUGGGAGAAGAUAAGUACGCUGAGUUAGCGCAUGUCAUUUCGUUGAUGAAGGAAAAUUACAACAAUGCCAAAAUUUGUCCAAUCCAAGGAACACACCCUACAUCAUUGGGAGCAGACAGUUUUAAACCGUCGAAUUACGUUACCGGUUAUACGGCGUAUUGCGACCUGAAGCUAGAGCCGGACGUCGCACAGAUAAUAGAAACAAGUCGCGUUGAACCCGAGUUGAGAUAUUAUUGGUUAUCAUGGCAUGAGAAAACUGGACCACCGGUGAAAAAUACGUUCAUGAGAUAUUUGGACCUAGCGAACCAAGCUGCUGAACGCCAUGGGUUCAGCGACGCCGGAGACCAAAUGCGUUCGGUUUAUGAUGAUAGCGAUUUUUUCUUCACAGUAAGUGAUCUGUGGACCAAAGUGCAACCACUCUACAAACAGCUUGUAACCCUGGUCAGGAAGGGUCUAGUGAGACAAUAUGGUGAGCAUGUAAUUCGUAGGGACGGACCGCUUCCGGCACAUCUGUUAGGUAACAUAUGGGCUCAAAAUUGGAGGAAUAUUUUGGACAUCGUUAGAACAGGGCCACCUGAGACACCAGAUAUCACAGGGGAACUAGUGCGGCAAGGUUACACCCCGUUGAAGAUGUUUCAAACAGCUGAGGAGUUCUUUACAUCUAUUGGUCUUCCUCCAAUGGCACCGGAGUUUUGGCGUAAUUCGGUGCUGCAACAGGCGAAUGAGAUGUUUGGUCAUUGCACUGCAUCCGCUUGGGACUUUUGCAAUAAGGUUGAUUUUCGUAUUAAACAAUGUACGCAAGUCAACCUGGAGGACUUCGUUAAUGCACAUCAUGAAAUGACACACGUGCAGUAUUAUAUGCAAUACACGAGUCAGCCUUUUCUGUACCGUGAAGGACCGAAUCCCGCAUUCCAUGAAGCCAUUGCAAAUGCUAUUAGUUUGUCGGUCGGAGGCCCAAAUCAUCUGCAAAAAUUGGGAUUACUUAAUACACCGGUAUCGGUAGUAAAUGGCAAUACUAUGGUUAACAUCGAAUACCUUUUAGGUGUGGCUUUGGACAAACUUCCGUUCAUGGCUUUCAGUUUGGCUCUUGAAAAGUGGCGCUGGUAUGUGUUCGAGAAAGGUCCAGUCGGCAUGAAUGCUCGCUGGUGGGAGCUUCGGCUUCGAUAUCAAGGCAUUAUUCCUCCCGUGGCUCGAGGCUUUGAACAUUUCGACCCAGGGGCGAAGUAUCACGUUAUCUCUGAUCAGGACUACAUUAGGUAUUUCGUCGCCACUGUGCUACAGUUCCAGGUAUUCUCGGAACUAUGUCAGGCAUCGCAUCACGUUGGACCGUUGCACACGUGCGAUUUCUAUCGCUCGCGCGAAGCCGGUAGAAUACUGAGUGAUGUAAUGCAACAAGGGGCAUCUCUUACAACAACACAGUUGAUAAAACUCUUAACAAGGGGUAAAACUUCUCGUCUAUCUGUGGAACCAUUAUUGGACUUUUUUAGGCCCCUGGAGGCAUGGCUGGAACUGCAAAAUAGAGGCGAAUUGAUAAUCGGAUGGAGCUCCAAAAUGGAAGAUAUUGCAUUAUUUCAACCGUUGGUAGAUCGAAAUGGAAGAAGUUUAGCAAGAAACAUGACUUCUAAUAUUCUUUCCAGUAUUUUAAUCUUCUUAUCGACAUACUUCUUGCUUUAAAAAAUUAUGUGUUCUUUUACUUAAGUAAAAAAGUUUAAUUUGUAAAUAUACUGUUCAAAAAAAAAUAUAUAAAGCUCUUUUAGUGGAAUGUAUUCAACCGUCUAAGACGAAUUAAGUACUGUCCAUUUAAUUCCACCAGUCAAUUUACUGUUCACUGUUCAAGCUUAUACUGUUCAAGUUUCAGUACAACUCAACUCGUGACAUUAGAUUGAUGGAAGAAUAUUAUUUAUUUUCCCCAUUGCUUGUGACAUUCCUACUUCAACAUUUUUCGUACCAUAACCACCUUCCCUUUUUCUACGCGUUUCUUCUGCUGUAGAGUGGAUCUGAUUUGUAACUUCUGACAUAAAUCUUUUUGGUAUAUAAAAUAGACAGGGUCGCCGUCUUCGACCAGAGGUCGCACAGACUAAAUACUCAACACCUAGCAUUGGACAACGGACAGUACAUUCACAUAACACCCAGUGGACCAGUGGAAAAUGUUCCGCUUUACGAAAAGUUUUCUCCUUUACUAGAGCGGAAGUCGAGCCCACACUACACAGCACGCAAGACGACUGACGCCGCUGACUGCACGGCAACGAAGUUCACAUGAAUAAAUCGAUAAAAAAUAGUGUUUCGUAUUCUGUGUAUCAACCACGAUGAUAGCCGCACAUUUAAGGCUCCCCCAGACCUAAGCGAUUUCAUCGUCGCGACGCCGGUAAUGUUCAAUUUACGCUUCCAUAUCAACGACGACAGAAUCGCUUUAAAAGGCUCCCGCAAACCGCGAAUCAUUUCGUUCAGAAACGUUGAUAAAUUCUCGCUUAACUUUUCAAAAGGUCCUAAGUAACAUUUUUUUCAUGAAUUUAUUUGAAUAGCGCAAUCAACAGCAGCGCAAUGAUUACACUACUCAAAUUAAUUCAUGAA